AGCCGAAGCUCUGAAUGGGCGAUGAGGCAAACGUCUGGAGGAAAGAAGAGUGCCAAGGGGAAGGGAAAGGCCAGGGCACAGGAAACUUCGAGCAAUACGGUGGCGCCGAGGAUCAUCGGUUGUCAAGAUACACGAUGGGGUGGCGAAAACAUGAUCCUUCUUACAUUCGAUCCACAAUCAAUCCCCCUCGGCCCACAUUCGAUGUUGGCUCACUUUCCUCAAGGUCGGCCUUCACUAACUACCAAAGCCCUGAUCGGAAUGACUCAGGCCGUGCAAAGUACUUUUGAGGUCACUGUUCCUAAAAUCUACGGAUACUAUGACAAUAUACCCAAUCCCGUCAAUGCUGAGGUUGUUCUUCUGCAGUUGAUUCCCGGCCCCGAUUUGGCAACGAUUUAUCGUCAGCUUUCUCCACUACAGCAAUCCCAGAUCCACACACACCUGGGUAACCUGUUUGUUUCCCUUUUCUGCUGCCGAUCUCGUGUCAUGUCUUCAGAAACACAACACAUCCCCGAUUCACCACCUAUGCCCCGCGGAAACCCACCAUACGAAUCAGUCCUCCUUGGUCGGCCAUUCGAGCAGGGUCCAUUACUGCACAUGCGUUCACAAGAGUCUGUUACUUCGACACAUGACUAUCUCCUCGCCCUCUCACAGCGUACGGAACGAGUGUUCGGACCUAAAGGAAUAAGCCCGCAUCCAACCCCAGUAUCACGCCUAAACGCCACAACUACCAAUGUCUCAUCUAAAUCCAGCUCACGACCUAAACCCCAGUCAAAACUAUCCGCAAAUUCUCACAACCACCAUUCUUCUACAAAUUCGUCCACUUCGUCUCUCCCACCAUGGGAAACCACAGAAACGCUCGGUUUCGACGGCAAGCCGCUCUCCGAGAUGGACAUCGUCUGCAUACGCGACACUUGGAAUAGGCUAGGCUCACUUAUAUCUUAUCACUCCGGUGGCUUCUACGUUCCCGGAACUCUCAGUCCAGAGGCUCGAUACACCGCCCACCAAGUUCUCCAGGGUAACGAAUUCGGCGUAAAACACCACGAUAUGCGUAUGGACCGAUUCAUAGUGAAAUUCAAACCCCUUACUCCCGCGUCUCCCGGAACAUGGCCUGCUCGUCCUCCUCUAACCGGAUCAGGAGCGCAACCUGGAUUCAGAGGGUUCGGCGAGUAUGCCGGGCGGGAAAUCGAGAGCGUCGUGCUCGCGACAGGGUGGGAACAUGCGUCUAGAGCCCCUCUUUGGAGUUGUGCAGAUAUGCCGCCUUGGUUGAAGCCGCAUGCGCAUCCCCAUGAAUAUUUUACGUGGGAGAAGAUGAAGGACAUCAGGCAGGCGAUAUACCAGGCCAUCACUUAUGCCUCGCAUUCUAUCGACACAAAUUUCUCCUCCGUGAAUCCUCCAUCUGUUCCACACACUAAUGGCGCGGUCGGUACCGAUGAGAAGAAGAAUAAGCCCGAAAAAGUGGAGAAACGUCCGGGAAGACGGGGUAGGGAAUGGGAGUGGAUCGUCGCGUAUGUGUAUGGAAAGACGGAGAGGUGGUUUGAAGGGUUGGUGGGUUCUAAUUGGGGAUAUAGGGAUACAGCGGAGGUGUUAUUGGUGCGGUUGAAGGCCCACUGGGAGAGAGAAAGGCCGGACGUUCCGUUCCCAUUGGAAGUAGGCGGACCGUAUACCAGCAACGUCAACCUCUCUCGACAUCUGACCGGUGGCGGUGGCGCUCAACCCUCUGUUGGGAGCCAGACCAGCGGCAGCCCGAGACACGUCCCAUCGCGGCCGGAAGACGCCAAAUACCCCGAAGUGCGGGAGAGAAAGAAUAGCGCGAUGGUAUCGAAGGAGAGAGACUUGGUGAGAAUCACAUCGCCCGGCACUCGAACCGCAAGUGUCAUGGGCGCCGUUGAGGGUAUAGGUCUAGGGCUAGAUCAAGGGCCGGAUGUCGUCGAAGUGCCAACCAGCUUUGCCACAAAGUAUCCCAAGGAGUUCCAACAAUUUGCCACCUGGGCUUUCUCGAAGGCGAUCGCAGAUGGGCACAUAAACGAGCAGGGCGAAUGGAUCGGCCAUCCGGACGAUGAACCUUCAAAUAUGACACAGCGGGAAGCGGAGCUGUUGGCGGAGGUCACGGAUAAGAUGCGCUUCAUUGGUUUGGGCGAGAAGGACGAGAGAACAGGGGCAACAGCCAGUCCAGAGGGGUUGAUUUCGGCAACGAAGAGCUUUGCGGAGGGGGUGAAGGUAGCGAUGAAUGCCUUCAAGGUGGGCAUGGGGACGAGUUCGGGCAUAGAUUCUGUGUCUUGGCCGGAGGUAAAGAGAGGCUUUGCGAGUGGACAUGAUGAUGUUGACUGA